AUGUCGUCAACGGAAGUUCGAGUUGGCGGUUCCGGCGGGACAAUGAAGGCUGUCAACUAUCAAGGCGCCUUCAAAGUCAAGGUGGAGGAUGUCCCGAAGCCUACGAUCGAGCAUCCUGAUGAUGUUAUUGUCAAGGUGACCACUGCCGCUAUCUGCGGAUCCGAUUUGCAUAUGUAUGAAGGACGUACUGGUGCUCAGGCUGGUAUUACAUUUGGACACGAGAACAUGGGUAUUGUGGAGGAACUUGGUGACGGAGUCACGCUGCUGAAGAAAGGCGACCGAGUCGUGAUGCCCUUCAAUGUUGCAGAUGGACGAUGCCGUAACUGCGAGGAAGGAAAGACGGCCUUCUGCACGGGAGUCAACCCUGGCUUUGCGGGUGGCGCCUACGGGUAUGUGGCCAUGGGACCUUACAGAGGCGGGCAAGCUCAGUAUAUUCGCAUCCCAUAUGCGGACUUCAAUGCUUUGAAAUUGCCUGCUGGGAAGGAGCACGAGGCGGAUUUCAUCCUCCUGGCCGAUAUCUUCCCAACUGGAUGGCACGGGGUGACACUCAGCGGGUUCAAGCCCGGAGAGAGCAUUGGCGUCUGGGGCGCCGGACCUGUCGGGUUAAUGGCGGCAUACUCGGCUCAACUUCGAGGUGCGAGCCGCGUCUACGUCGUGGACAGAGUGCCCGAGCGACUGGCCGCUGCGGAGAAGAUCGGGUGUAUACCCAUCGACUUCAGCAAGGGCGAUGCGGUGGACCAGAUCCUCGAGAAGAACGGCGGGAUGGUGGAUCGAGCCGUGGAUGCUGUCGGGUACCAGGCUGUGGAUACCGGUGGCAAGAAGGAACAGCCAAACAUUGUGCUGGAGAAUAUGAUCCGGGCGACCAGACCAUGCGGCGGCUUGGGCAUUCCAGGUCUUUAUGUGCCCACCGACCCGGGGGCGCCUGACGAGGCUAGCGGCAAGGGUAUGAUCAGCAUGAGUUUUGGCAAGUUGUUCGAAAAGGGUCUUUCUCUGGCCACUGGCCAGUGCAACGUCAAGCAGUACAAUCGCUAUUUGCGGGACCUCAUCAUCGCGGGAAAGGCAAAACCCUCCUUCGUUGUCAGUCACGAGAUUGCCAUCGACGACGCCGAGAUGGCAUACGACAAGUUUGACAAGAGGGUUGAGGGCUAUACCAAGGUCCUGAUCCAUCCUAAUGGACCCUUGUGA